AUGCAUGGGAAAGGGCCAACCUGUGAAUCACAACGAAGAGCAUCAUCAGAAGGGCUAGGGCUUCUAGCUCGCCUUGGAAAUGAUAUGUUUACUGCCAGAUUGACUCGAUCACUGCUUAAUGAUGUAACUGGCGCACCAGAGCAUUAUGUUGGAUCAAUUGCUCUAGCUCUUGGUUGCAUCCAACGCAGCGCAGGAGGAAUGGCAUUAUUAAGUUUAGUUCCAUCCACUGUGCAUUCUAUCUCUUCACUAGCUAAGAGUUCAAUAGCUAACUUACAAGUAUGGGCUUUGUCUGGAGAGAAUGGAUAG